AUGAGAGUCUCAAUCGGAGAGGUACUUCGUCGUCUCGAGACUCUGAGAUCUGCGGAAGAAGCUGCUGAUAAGAUUACGGUAGAGGUCGAGGAGCGCGAGGAUGCGGCACGACAGUCGAGACAGAGAGAGCGUGUGUGGCGGAGGGUGUGUGAGCCACCGAGGGAGACAACUACGGCCACGCCUCCUUCCAUUAUUACAAUCUUGAGGACACGGACCGCUGGACCGAGUCCUGUUUCCAAACACGGCUUCUUCCUGUACAGUAACUGGGGAAUCUCAAUGGAGCUCGGAUGCCUCCAAAAUAGCCGCUCCUCCCACUCCAAACUGACCUGCCGCUCUCCGCUAGUCCUCAUGUGUUUAACGUCCGCUUCUCACUCCUCUUCUUUACUUACAUUUCAAACUUUUUUAUUAUUUUAUUCUUCUUUCAUUUUUUCUCAGGUUUGUUUUACACGUUUCGCAGAGUUCCAUGUAUUCAGUUUCUAAUUGUUGCUCAUUCUAAACAUUUUUUUUGUCAAUCUGAUUUUCGAAAAAAAAAAACCUAAAAAAAAUCGUACCGAGAAGCUUAUUUGAAUAGUUUUUCGAUAGAAAUUGCUUGAGAUCUGGGUCAUCCUUUUUUCGAGCUACUGGGAACGAUUUUUUGAUUGCUCAUUGUGUUGAAAAAGAGAUUUUUGAAUUUUAUCGAAUUAAUGCUUCACUUGAAGUAUUUCAAUUUUUGAGCAUGAUUUUGGAAUUCUUAUUGUGCUUCUUGUUUACGUCUCCGUCAUCUCAAUAGAGAAAUUUUCCGUUAGCAUCAGUUUCAAAGCGGUACCGACUAGUAUCAGUAUUUGGAUGAAGCCGCGAGUUUCGUCGCAUGCGAGCUUGUCGCGAGCGGUCGCCUCUGCGUUCUCGUCGGUACCGUACCUCGAAGAACCUGCAACGCGCGGCGAGACGCUCCCCCAUAGUCGCGUCUCCGGCAGCCCUGCUGACUCCGACGUUUGGCCGACCAGCCGGUUCGAUAGGGCGCAAGUUGGUCGUCUCCCACACUCACGUGCUCUUUCGCUGA